UGGUGACCUUUACCAGCAGUAUGUACAAGUUCUCGACCGUUGUAGGCACGUUAGCUUUGCUAUACUUUCUCGAUACAAAUGCGAAUAUGGAUGGGGGCCCCGGGCUCUGGUACGUGUUCAGCGUGGAGGACUGCCACGAGGAGCUCGAGCUUGUCCUCAUGAACAUCACCGUGAAGAAACACAAGCUGAACCGAACGCAUGAUGUGUAUGACGCUCUACUCGAUGUACAUGACACUCUUGGGAAUGGAGAUGGGGUAUUACUAGACAUAUGCAAGCACACUGACGGCGGCUGCAAGCAGGUGCACCUCGUCACCGACAACGACGUCGGGGAAUUCGCUGAGAAAUACGCUAAAAAGAACAUGGAGGCCGCUUUCACAUUGGCCGGCAUGGACCCGCCGCGCUUUCCUGUGAGCCCGGGCUCGUACGACGUGCGUGACUUCUACUUCGACCGCUGCGAGAUGCCGCACGACGCCGUGUACGGCGAGUUCACCGCGCUCGCGUACGUCACGCGCGGAGCUCAGCGGGUCUCUUGCGUACGUGUGCAUGUCGAGUUCAAGGACGAGGAGGAUAAUGAGUGUGUUUAUGAUGACGAAUAAAUUGUUGUUGUUUAAA